GUGGUUUGUAGGGGCUGGGGGUGGCUUUGUGCAUUUGGUCAGGUUUGAUAGAAGAGGGCACCCGUAAUGGCUGCAGAGUCAUGGUGAUAGGGGGUUGGCGGCUAGAGAAUCCUUCCUGUGGCUCUGCACCUGAGGUUCAGUAGAAUGCAGCCUGCUGAUGCGCUACACCUCAGCGAAUGGCAGAAACAUUAUUUCAAUAUCACUUCCAAUGAUUGCACACCUGGACAGAGGGCUGAUGCUUAUCGUGGACAAAUUUUACAGUUACAUUAUGCAUGGGUAAACUCUGAUAUCACCUGGGACUGUGCUGCCAGCUCAUUUAGGAGAUGCACUGAAAAAUAUGCAGCCAUUAUUGACUCGGACAAUGCAGAGAUCGGCCUGAAUAAUUAUGCUGACAGUGUUCUCGCUUUGUCAAGAUGCCAAAAGAAUGAAAGCAAUCAGUGGCAGUCAUCUUUGACUGAAAACAGUAUUUUCAAAUUAAAAAGUGUGCAGGAGAUGUUUAAAUCUGGCAAAAUAGCUCGGGACUUGUUGGUAUCCGCGUCCGAUGCUUCAAUAGUAGUCGGUAAAACCAAUCAUGUGGCCAAUUUAGACUGUCAUAAAAUAGAAACUACAUCACACAGUGAUACAAAAGAAUCAGUUCCUAAAACUAAAAGUUUAAUUUUGUCCCCUGACGUACCUUCAAGAAAUGUUAACGAAGACAAUACUUCAGACAAGUACUCCACAGUUGGUGCCUUUACAUGUACAAAAAUGGUGCAAGAUCUCUCAGCUGCUCAGCCAGUGGCUGAUGGCGCUAGUGUCUUAAAGUCUAUGGGUACAUUUUCAUCAGCAACUUCUAAAAACCUCCAUGGUGACCCUUUAUUUGGAUCGAGCAAAGAGGCAUAUUGUACUGUACCUCAAAUAGGAACUAUAUCUGGCCAGUGUAUGCCUGUUAAUAGCAAUUUGGCCCUUGAUGUGCCAGGUAGCACAUCUAAGAGAAAGUCUUCCCAGAUAUCCAGAGAUUGUGAUUCGUAUACCGACAUGACAUAUGGCCAUUUUCAAAACCGAAACUGGACUAAUUAUAAGCAAAAGAAUUUCGAUAAUGUGACUAGAAAUACGAGAUCUGAUGGUAGUUCUGCUGCUGAUGAAGGUUUCAUGACUAGUUUUAAAACCGCAAAGGAGCAACUACAUGUAGUUCAACAGAAAAAGUUUGGAAAUCCAUCUCAAUCUCAGCGACUACCAGUAUCAACGUUGUAUAAUAGUUCAAAGAAGUCUUUGGGCACAGUCAGGUCACGUGGCUUAUUUGGUAAAUUUGUUUCUCCAGUAUCAAAACAAGAUAAUGGAGAUGAAAAUAGUGGACUGUCUUCAGUGCCUCAAGAGAACAAUUCUUCUGAAGCCUCCCUACCUGUGGAUGAGCGUUUGAAGAACCUUGAGCCAAAAAUGAUUCAACUUAUUAUGAGUGAGAUCAUGGACCAUGGCCCCCCAGUGAACUGGGAUGAUAUAGCUGGGCUGGAGUUUGCUAAAACAACAAUUAAGGAGAUAGUGGUUUGGCCAAUGCUGAGACCAGAUAUUUUUACUGGUCUCCGUGGUCCACCCAAAGGAAUUCUUUUAUUUGGCCCACCUGGAACAGGUAAAACUCUAAUUGGUAAGUGCAUCGCAUGCCAGUCAGGGGCAACUUUCUUCAGCAUCAGUGCUUCAUCACUAACUUCCAAGUGGGUUGGAGAAGGUGAAAAAAUGGUACGUGCGAUGUUUGCUGUAGCACGCUGCCACCAGCCUGCAGUCAUCUUCAUUGAUGAAAUUGAUUCUCUUUUGUCUCAAAGAGUUGACGGUGAACAUGAUUCUUCGAGAAGAAUAAAAACGGAGUUCUUAGUGCAGUUAGAUGGUGCGGCUACUUCAGCAGAUGAUCGUAUUCUUGUGGUGGGAGCCACAAACCGACCCCAAGAAAUAGAUGAGGCAGCUCGUCGCCGCCUGGUCAAAAGACUGUACAUCCCUUUGCCAGAAAUAUCUGCAAGGAGGCAAAUAGUAAUGAAGUUGAUGUCUCAUGAAAACUGUUCACUGAGUCCAGAGGAAUUGGAGUUGAUCAUUGAACAAUCUGAAGGAUAUUCAGGGGCUGACAUGACUCAGCUUUGUCGUGAGGCAGCCUUGGGGCCAAUCCGCAGCAUUCAGAUAGCAGACAUUUCCACUAUCACACCGGACCAAGUACGGCCUAUUGCAUUUAUAGACUUUAAAAAUGCAUUGGUAAAUGUGCGGCCAAGUGUGUCUCUGAAAGACCUUGAACUGUAUGAGGAAUGGAAUAAAACAUUUGGUUGUGGCAGAUGACUAUGGAAAAUUUACAUAGAAAUUUAAGAGCACACAGGUUGACAUCUUUCAGAAUUUUAUAAAGUUACUUUUGUGAUGUUGGAUGUUUAUUCUCUGAAGCAAAUAUAGUAAAGAUAUCUUUUAUGGCAAUGCUUUCAGGAAAGUAAUUAUAUUUAAAUCAGUUUAAAUUGCUUUGUUCUGUUUGACAGCACAUUGUCAUAAUUCAGGCUGCAGAAACCUUCGCUACCUCUGUCAAACAAUAUCAUAUAAACUAGUCCCCUAUUUAUGUUUAAUUUUGAACUUUAUGACUGGGUUUACUAGUUGGUGAUUUUUUUUGUUAAGUAAUGGCGUCGAUGUAAUUGUUCAUCUGCUACCUGCUGUUUUGUCUUUGUCUUCAAUCUAACAUUAAUGAACAAUGUACGCAAAUCCAUAAUUUGCCAUCCAGA